CUGUUGUAACAGGAAUUAGAGUAUAAAUGUGACAAACUUUUAUAUUGGUUUAAAUCCUUCAAAAAUGGCUCUGUGGAUUCUAGUUUUCAUUGCAGGGUGCAUUGCUGAUCCAGGGCUUCAUGUUGCAAAGAGCAGAAACAUUUUAAGGUGUGAUCGAGAGAGAAAAUCACUGGAGGAUGAAACAAACAAACUGGAAUACAGGAUUACAAAUACCUGGGACAGCAUACCGGUCAUGCAUGAGCCAGUGAUCAUCACAUAUAAGGCAGGUGAUGGAGGACUGAUAAUGGAAGUGAAUUCCUUGUACUUUGAUCCUCCAGCCCCACCUGGUGAACCAGGAUUUCCUUUUGAUGGACUUUGGAACUAUGAAGUUGUUGAAGCCUUUUUUCUCAAUAGCAAGACUAAAGAAUAUUUGGAAGUGGAACUUUGCCCGCAUGGACAGCAUCUUGUACUAUUGCUUUCUGGAGUAGAUUUGUUUUUCAAAAGGCCUUGACUUGGAUUUUAAAGCAGACACACACUGGAACAAAUGGAAUGGCACAGCCCUUAUACCUUGG